AUGGCUUCUUUGCAACUUGGUGUCGCCGACCUCCCGGCCACCAAGAAGAAAGCCAUCGAGGAUGCCGACAAGAUGCAGAAGCGCAUUGUGCGUGAAUGCGGCGAGGCUGGAAGAAACCCUCCAUCCUACGCCUUGUCUGAGCUCAUUGGAAAGGGCAGUUUCGGGCGCGUCUACAAGGCCAGGGCGGCUGGUUCGGGCCGCCUCGUCGCCGUCAAGAUCAUCAGCAUCGACGAGGGAGACAGCCUUGCGCCCGGUGCGGCUGACACCUUCCAGGACAUUCUAAAGGAGGUCAACACGCUCAAGAAGCUCGGUGAGAGCGGCGCCCGGAACAUCAACACCGUCAUCGAAACGCUCCUCGUCGGCCCCUCCAUGUGGAUUAUCACCGAGUACUGCGGCGGCGGAAGCGUUUCAACCCUGAUGCGACCAUCAGGCGGUCUUCCAGAGAAGUGGAUCGUUCCGAUUCUGCGUGAAGUGGCCGAGGCACUCAAAUGGGUCCACAAGGAAGGCAUCAUCCAUCGCGAUAUCAAGUGCGCCAAUGUGUUGGUCACCGAGGUCGGCGGCGUCCAGCUGUGCGACUUCGGGGUCGCUGGCAUCAUUGAGACCAAGUUCGACAAGAGGAGCACGGUCACCGGCACGCUGAACUGGAUGGCCCCGGAGCUUUUUGACAUGUCCGUCUCGUACGGGACCGAGGUCGAUAUCUGGGCUUUCGGGUCCCUUGCUUUCGAAGCCGCCACUGGGCUGCCCCCUAAUGCUAAGAACAUGUCGCGGUUUGAUCCAUCCCAGUUCGGCUCGUACCUCAAGCAGCACGUUCCUCGGCUCGAAGGGGAUCAGUUCUCGGAUAGCCUAAAAGAUCUGGUCGCCUUCUGCAUGACCGAGGACCCAAGAGAUCGCCCUUCCAUCGGCCAGAUACAGGGACACCCGUACAUUUUCAACACGGAGCGCGACUACCCGACAAAGAGCCUCUCCAUGCUCGUGAACGCAUAUCGAUUGUGGGAAGUCCAAGGUGGAAACCGGAUGUCGCUUUUCAACGCAGGCGGCGCGCAAGCACCGGCUGGUGAUGAACCCUCGCAACCUUCACAUAAUGACGACUGGAACUUCGAUACCAUGGUUGGCGAGAUGGAUCAGAGGGUUCUUGGUGAUAGUCAGGCUCAAGCUGUGUACGAUGCGUAUGGACCUCGCGUUUCGAUGAUGCCUCCACCCCCAAAGCAACAGGGUCGUCGUCGCAGACCGCCCAACAUUCCAGUCCUGAAGGCUCCUCUCGAGAAGGCGUUCGAUCCCAACACCAUCACGAAUUACGAGGAAAAUGCGCGGCUGUUCUAUGGCAGACCCAUGCCUUCUUCAGCGCCUGAAAUGGGCGAGAUGGGUACUCCGAAGGAAGGCAGCACAGGCUCGGCACCUCCUCGGGAAUCGUUGAUCGACCUUGACUUGUCGCUUGACGGCGACAGGCUAUCUCGGUUCGCAGACAUGGAGGAGGGAGAGACUAUUAAGGCCAGUUUCCCCGUCUCAAAGCACCAGACGAUCCGGGAAUCCGGGUUAAUCGACCUUGACGAGUCUCUGGAUGGCGGGAGGCUUUCUCGAUACGCUGAUAUGCAGAUGGACACUUUUAGAGCAAGUCGACAAAGCAUCAGGCCGCUCGGGAGAAGUCAGACCACUUUGGACCGCCGCCGCACCCAAGAUUGGUCUUUUCCAGCGGCAAUUGGCGAGGAAUCCACCCAAGACGAUGAACAGGACAACCGCAGGGAGAGCCAGCUUUAUAGAAGCCAGUCGACAAUGGAUCACCGCCGCACCCAGGACUGGAGUUUUGCAAACGCCACUGUGGGGGGUCUUGUGCAGCCUGACCGACCAGAAAUUGCAAGGAGCCAGUCCAGCCUUGACCAUCGACGCACACAGGACUGGUCGUUUUCGGCCGCGACUGCGUCAAACCCCCGCCUCGAGGGGCAGUGGUUCCAGUCCCACGACGAGAACGACGAGGAUGACUACAUGGCAUUGGACUCUCUCCCCACUACCAUGGCAGGACAUCGCCAAGAAGACUCGCUACACGUGACACUGCCGCCACGCGCAGCGACCAGUUUGGAAGUUAGUCGGUUCUCAACCUCUAGCAUGAUCGAUCUCGACGCCAGUCUCGUCGGUGAGAACGGCGAGUCUCUCCGUCCCGCGACUGCAACCUCCGAGGCUUCCUCUGCGACCUCGGACACGUGGAGGCCCACCCUGUCACAUCAGAAGUCGUUCCAGUUCAACCUGGAAGAUUCCUUUCCCUCGGCCAACAGAGAACCUUCUCUCUACGUCUCAGACGACGGGCCCCCGAGAAGCAGCCGCGAGAGGACUUUCCACAUGUUGGACGAUGCAAUCCCACGGAGCAACAGGGAACCAUCCCUGUAUGUUCCCGAUGGCUUUGGCUCGACCAGUUCGAUUUCGUCAAUUCACGAAAGGGAGCCCUCCAUUUAUGUACCUGACGAGAUUGGUCUUGGCAUCAUCCCAUCGACCCCGACGUCGGGGGACGUGGUGCUUACUCCGCCAUCUGAUAGCGCCAACGACACAUCGGACGACGCAGCCGCCCAUGCCGAUGACAGCCACGUGUCUAUUACCAUCGAGGACUCGGAUGUCGACUCGGACGCACCCAUACCUGCAAUCCCGUACAUGCCGCGGGCUCCCAUGGUCAGCGUGCUGCAGGCAACUGGCUCCCAGGACGAGGUCAAGGAUGAGCUCCAGCGCAUGAUAAGGAGCCUGCACGAGCACCUUCAGUACACUACUUCUGUACUGCGGACGCUGCCUAUUAGGAGGGGAUCAGCGCAGGGGGAACAUCCUGGGUCCGAGAUUUUGAUCUGA